AUGCUCACCCGCCUCGCCACCCGCGCCGCCCUCGCAGGCAAACGCACCACCACCACCACCACCGCUCGCUACAACUCCUCCAGCACAUCCAGCACCGCCGCUCGCGUGAUUCAAAUCGCCGCCCGGACUGAACGACCUUCCGCCACCGAAGCCGCCAUCCCCGCUCUCUGGGCCGCCUGCGGUGCCCUAACAUACACGGCGUGGAACCGGUUAAGCGAGGAAAGCGCGGGCGGGAAUGUGGAGCGGUUGAUUAUUGUUUAG